AUGAAGCUCUCGGUCAUUUUCACUCUCGUUUCAAGUGUACUGGCGUCGCCGGUCUCUGUUGCGCCUGCAAAGCGCCAGACAGGCACUAUCUCGAACGAGUUCACCGUUGGUGGGUGUCGAGAUGUGAUUUUCAUCUUUUCUCGGGGAAGCACUGAGGUCGGAAACAUGGGCGCAAUUGUUGGACCCGAAGUGUCCGAUCGUCUGAAAGCUGCCUUCGGAUCUUCCAAAGUUGCGACAGAGGGAGUGACAUACGCCGCGCUUCUCAGUACCAACUUCCUCCCGGGAGGUGCUGAUCUUGCUGGUAUCUCCUUGAUGACAAGCCUGCUCACACGUGCUGCCACCCAAUGUCCCAAUUCAAAGAUCGUGGCCGGUGGCUACAGCCAAGGCGCAGCGAUGACCCACCGUGCGGUCGAGCAACUCAGUUCCUCCGUCAUCUCGAGAAUUGCUGGAAUAGUCCUGUUCGGUGACACUCAGUACGAGCAAGAGAAUGGCCGCAUCCGCAACUACCCAACCCAGAACACCAAGAUCUAUUGCGCGCUGGGCGACCUCGUCUGUGAUGGGACAUUGAUCAUCACAGCAGCCCACCUGACAUAUGGUGCAGAUGCCUCCGACGCAGCUCGGUUCUUGGUCAGUAGAAUCAAUGCUGCUUGA